CCAGGCGGAGCCACUUUCUUCGCCGUCGCCAUGAUGCAUUGGCAACGUCACGCAGCCUGCGGUUGAUGUGUGUGUGUGUCGUGUGCGAAAGGAAGACGGCGGCGGCGGUGCCAAAUAAGUUGUCAAUCUCGAAGUUCGGAUGCCCGCUUAAGUUAAGACACUAGCGUCGCGAUCAUGACUUUCAUCACGUCGUGGGAAGAAUUCUCGAAAGCCGCCGAGAGGCUCUACCUCGCCGAUCCCAUGAAGGUUAGGUUCACUGUAAAAUACAGGCACUGCGAUGGCAAGCUCCAAGUCAAAGUAACAGACAAUCAAGUGUGCCUUCAAUAUCUGACAGAACAUUCUCAAGACGUCAAGAGGAUAGAAAAACUAACCAACCUGCUGAUGAGGCAUAUGGCAUCGAAGGAACGAUGACUGUGCGGCCUUCGCCCAUGCUUUGCGCGCCUUGUACAUUCUUCAUGCCUACAGACUGUCGUUUCCGGGAGACCUUGUUAAGUCUUUUGUGGACGUGGCUGUGGCGCUUGUUACGGGGUGAUGGCAGUUCUUCACUCAACUCUCUACACUGAAUACCGUUUUUGAUUUGAGCACGAGUGGUUUGUGCUCGUUCAGUCUUUUUAAGUGAGCAACGUGUGUGAAACCACUGUAAAUAGCGCUGUCUCCAGUUGCACCGUUCAUGGAAGAACUGUUGACGAGUACGGUGUGUGGCUGCUUUCUAUCAAAGGUCCUUUACGGGCCAAAUGCCUUGCUCGAAUCGAGCACUUUCAGGUCUGCUUGGAAGGCUGUUGACAUGUCCGGGCCAGAGACGACGGAAUUUACUGGCCAGAAAAAACGGUCAUGAAAAAGAUGAAUACGGCACCAGCAGAGCUUGGCCGACCUUGUGUGCUGUAGGUUGUGCAUAGCAAGCAUCUUCAACGCAAUGCAUUGCUUCCAGUCAAGCACACAUCAGGAAUUGUUCAGGAAGCAAACCUAACUAGCCAGCCAAAAGACCAGAGGAAACAGUCUUUGUAAAUCAUGGAUGCUGCAGCAGCAGCAAAGUUUGUCACAACUUUCAUGCAGUGACCUGUAUGAUUAGCUUGUUUACAAGUUUUGCAAAAAACUCGUGGGGGAAGAAGGCCUUGCUUGGAGAAGGCCACGACAAGACUACUCAGGUGAUUAUACAGGCUCUUGGCGUGUCCCUAGAGCGAAGGUGACAGCUUGCGAAAAGGGCAGAAGCGGUGGUCUUGUGCAACAUGCAGACCGCAAGGUGGGGAAGUGUGCUAAGGCUUCUGGGAUAUAUUGUCACUUGUUCAAAGAAAACUUCUCUCCGAUUGAAUGAAGCAUGGCUGACGACACUUAAGUGUUGAUGUGCUCUUACGCAUUUGCCUGAAGUUGUUAACCCGAGCGAGUUGUUUCUAUAUGCAAUCUCUGCAGCUCUAUUCAGGAUCAAACGCUUUUAAAAAAUGCGUUUCCGGUACACUUUUCUCACUCUUCUUCAUUUGUUGCACAAAAUUUCGUGCUGCCCAAAUCGGUUUCGUGUCGCUGACAUCGCUCGUUUUAAUUGAAUAAAACAGUGUAUGAAGCCUCACGUGGCAGGGUGUUGUGUUGUCGCUGCAUCUGUUGUGAAACUCGGACAAUACUGGCUGGAAAUGUUGGAAAGCCUUUAUUUUCUUGUUCGGAAACACUUCUCUUUUUUUUUUUACACGCACUGGUAAGCACAAGGUUUGGUGCACGAUAUUUUGAAAAAUCGGCUCAAGAUUUCGGUUGUUCCGACAAGCAACCCCCACCACACACUCUCGUACCACUCAUUUCAUGUACAAAACGCGCAAUACAUAGAUGAUGUAGGCUCAUUCCAAAGUGUAACUGCAGCCAAACUUCAUUCCUACUUGAGCCGGCAACAGAUUGUUCACUGAAACUCGCAAAGUACAACGCUCACACUCCUCGUACCCCCGUUUUUAUGUCCAGAAAGAUUUCAAAGUUGUGAAAUUACAUAGCGGAUGCAGUUCACCCAUUUAGAGAGGGCAAUCGGGUGACAAACUCCCACUAGCACCUCGCCUACCAAUGGCAUUCUCGACAUGCUUAGAAUUUUUUUGUCCAAGCUCUUAAAAAAAUACAGACCAAAUUUUUGUUGUGCUUUAUUAUGUUAUGAAGGAUGGUGCAGAGUUCAUUAGUUACAGUACGAAGCUCUGGUUUGAGAAUGCAACAAGGUUCAUUACACUGUCUUUUGACACAACCAGUUCAAAAUACAUGCCAAGCACACGUGCAGUGCAAGGCUUGAAAAGUAGGGUUCCACGGUUGGCAAUGCUUAUGGCCACAUUCUAAUUUCUGCAGUGUAACCAGUCUCGCUUUGAAAAGAAAGCACUCCUGCAUUUGUAGUACAUUUAAAUGCAUCACAUAUAAGCAGUUGCAAUGCCGUGUGUGAAUCUACAUUCCAGCAAAAUUGGAACUACUUUUUCGGGCUAUGAGGGCUGAAGUAUGUAGUACAUGGCAGUAUUGCUGAAAGGAGAAUGAAUUUCCUUAGCACUUUCUAAAAAGAAAAGAAGGGAUUUUAGUUGCUAGUAUGUGUGCAAUUUGAAAACAGGUGUAUUAUACGUAAGUCAGCAUAGGUGUUUACUCCUAAAUUUACCAGAGGGAGCUAUGGUGCUGCCAUCGCUAAACUACCAUGAGAAGGGCCAUGGUUGAUGGUAUAUGAAUUUGUCCAAUCUGUGACUGUGGUUCCAGAUGUUCUUGUGGCUCCAUUUAUUGCACUUUUAUCUCUGAAUUUCCUAGAAAUACCUAAUAUUCUAAACCUAUUGAGGCAAGUAAUUUUCUGCACGGAUGCAUAACCACACAAAUUAACCACAAAUAACCACAACAAUCCAAAUUGCACCCCACUAUGGUGGCUCCCUUGGAGUGACGGAAGCUAAUCUCAAAGGUGAUGCUUCUGUGUACUGCAGAUGCAAGAAUACUGCAGGAGCAUGCGUCAUUGCCAGUGUGUUUUGAACAUCGCCCAUAGCCAAUUGUUGCAUCCAUAGCAGCACAAUACUCUGUUGAUCAAUUUGCGAAGUCACAAGGCCGUCUGAAGCCGGAAAGAUGAUCUUCAGGCAAAUCCACAUACUGGUGGCCGAGCUACAAUGCUUGCAGCCCCCAGAGAUAUUGUUGUCGAAGUUCCCCCUUGUAAUUUUCAAAGGGAACCGAGCAAUAAGCACUAAUAAUUUAUACAGUUUAGUCGGGUUUUAGCACAUGUGGGCUUGUUGCACGUUUUACGCACAUCUCGAAAAUAAAAUUGCAUCUUCGCCUCCUGCUGCUUGUCAUCUGCUGGUCAACAACUUGCCUCGAGGAUGACUGACCAUCUUUAAUGGCACGAGAGCAUCGUUGGCCAAAGAGCGCCACAACUGCGUUUAUGGUCUCGUGCGAAUUUGCGAUGGCUCGCAGUUGGUUUGGAAAACAACUCGCCUUGUCUCACGCUCAAGACAAACUUCAGAAAGGAGUGGCCCUCAACCGGGCAACGUAAAUGGUGUGCAACGUUCAUACCAAAGUGCAGCUGCCUCCGGAGAAGUAAAGAAGCAAAGCAAGAUGAGAGAAAUUGAAAGCCGCACCAAGAUCUGCAGGAUCACUAGGCAAAGUAGUACAUUGUUCCGCCUUCAUGGCCAGAAAAGGUUGUUUGUAAAGACUGCACUAACUUUUCUCUUUUUCUGCUUUGUCACCACAAGAAAGUGAAAAGUGCCAACCCCACUUUCACUUGUGCUUGUCAACAAAUUUUGGCCAGGCACGUCCUGGGUAUUUCACACCUGGUUUCUUCACUUCCUAGAAAUUCCACAGAAACCAGUUUUCCGUGCUGGAUGAAUCUCGAGUUGUCACUGGACUCUGGACGCACAGCUGGAAGGUUUGCCUGCCACAAAAAGCAUCUGUUGCUGACAAGCCUUACAGCAGCAACGUUCUGAAUAUAGCUUUUCGUGCCAGUGUCACUCAGAUAGCGUUACAAUCAAAACUGCUAGUAAGUGCGGGUUCACUUGUGGUAGCUUCUUGCAGGAGUGAAACGACUUAAAUUGCACUGUUGCUACCAUCUACACAAGAUGGCAAAAAGCACAUUAACUGAAUCAAAAAGUGUGGUCCAAGAAUAGCGCAUUUCAGAAGGGUUCCACCAAAGAACCUUCAGCACUGAAGUAAAAUAUUGCACACCUACACCAAGCUCGGCGAUCCUGCAGGGGCUACAUAAGUAGCAGAACACUAAAGCAAUGUAUCGCUUUAAAUGCGAUACAUUUUACCAUACAAUGCAUUUUGUGGAUUUAAAUAUGGCAGCACAUUGUUGCUUCUCAGUGGUUAAGGAUUUCCACCAUUCACGUGCACAGCACCCAACGAGAAAAAAAAAAAAGGAAAAUUCGAUGGCUAGAAUUAUUGCCCAAAUUCUAGCUGCCAGCCAUACACUACAAUUCUUUGGAGAAUGCAGAAAGCCCAGUAGUUGAACGCAGUGCAAAACAGAAUGGCACUGCGUGUAAUGUUUGCUCGAUUGCCCAUCAAUUUCCGUAUCAUUGUAUCGCAACAGCACAUGCUGGUUAGUUCAUCCGUAGACAAUUAUUGAGGCAACAAAACUGUUGCAAACCGCAGUACUGAGCUUACUGUAAAUGAGGGACAUGCAUUCUAGUGUUAUGCAUAACACGUUUCAUUGAAUGUCUAAGCAGUAUCAUAACCUUGGCAUAACAAAGCUGAAGGGGGAAGCCACAGUUACUUUAUAUCAAUUUAAAAUAAAUUUAUGCAUCGUUAAAAUUAAAUGCUAAACACACGGGCUGCUAAAGGUAUCUUGAAGUGGAAUUAUGAUUACUUGGUUAUAUCCAUCAUUUCGUUACAAGGUUAGACUGUAGAUGCGCAUUCGGAAAUGUGAAUGACCAGCCGGACUUAGGCAACAGUGGUAUAGAAAACUCCCUUACUAACUGAAGGUUAACAGUGUAACCAAAGAAGGAUGAGGCAACCUUGUGAUAGGUUCACAAUUUCAUAGCUUUUAUUUACAAUCCAGCCAACAGUAGGCGUAAAAAAAAAGUCAUGCUCAGAGUUAAAAAAAAAAAUGAAGAGUCCAUGUGUAAAGACUUCUGCUUGCUUAUGCAUGUGCAGAAUUUCUUGCGUGUGUGUCUUUAUAAAUAAAUGGCAGUAGGUUAUUCUAAGGAACUUUGAAGUGGCUCUCACUAGUGCUGUUAGGUUAUCGGGCUUCAUCAAGCACUUGGCCAUGACUGUGGGAACUAAGCACGCCUUCUUGCUGCUGGUAUGCAAGUUUGCUGUGGAAAUUUAGAUCCGUGAAGACUCGAAAACCACUCCAAGGUCCCUUUCAAGUCAAAGUAAACAAAGCUAGCUAAAAAAAAUAAAAA